UUCACCCCGCCAAAGUCAACAAACCCUUUCUUAACGGCUCCUUCUUCUUCCUAAAGCACGACUUUUCUCUCUUUUAUAUCGAUUCCAUUUCAGAAUCCUUACAAAGUUUGGCCAUACACGCACACACAGUUGAAUUAAUUUUCUCAAAGAAAACAAUUAUGUCGUUAGCUUCAGAUCCUUCAAAAGAUUCUAGAUCUACUUAUUGUCGUAAACAGAAGUCUCUCGGUCUCCUAUGUUCCAAUUUUUUGAGCUUAUACAAUCGGGAAGGUAUUGAAACCAUAGGGCUUGAUGAUGCUGCACGGAGAUUAGGGGUGGAAAGACGGCGGAUCUAUGAUAUUGUGAAUGUACUGGAAAGCAUUGGUGUUCUUGCAAGGAAGGCUAAGAAUAGGUAUUCAUGGAAAGGGUUCGGAGCAAUUCCUUGGACAUUGCAACAAUUGAAGGAAGAGGGUCUAAAAGAGAAUGUCAGUGGAUUUGAUGGAUCUAGCUCUGCCAAGGGUUCAGAUGAUGAUGAUUCAGAUUCAGAUUCCAAACCAAUUGUUUCGAGUCAGACGGAGACACUAAACCCCAAUUCCAACUUUGCAGCAGCGUCCAAAUCUGACAAUAGAAGAGAAAAAUCAUUGGGACUACUUACACAGAAUUUUGUCAAGCUCUUCCUCUGCACCGAUGUUGAUAUGAUUUGUCUUGAUGAGGCAGCAAAAAUACUGUUAGGAGAUGGGAGACCUCCUGCGAUGACAAGAACCAAGGUUAGGAGGCUAUACGAUAUUGCAAACGUUUUGUCUUCUAUGAAAUUUAUUGAGAAGACCCAUCACCCAGAGACAAGGAAACCUGCUUUUAGAUGGUUGGGGAUGAGAGAAAGAUCAAAUGAUAAGUCAGUUGAUACUCUUGGUGCUAAUGAGUCCAAGAAGAGGGUAUUUGGGACUGAGCUUACAAAUACAACUAUCAAGAGGAACAGAGUAGCACUACCUAUGGAUGGUAUUUCAGAUGAAGCAACUAGGAAACAAUUGCUAACUGAAGUCAAAUGUGAGAACCUGGAAAAUGACAUUCACUGUCCUAAACAAGAGCCUGGUUUAACAUCAAGCAAAAAGAGUUACCAUUUUGGUCCAUUUGCUCCUCCAAGCCUAGCCCAAGCUGAAGCGUCUGAGGCUGACGGGAUGAAAUGGGUUCAUGACUGGGAAAGUCUAGCCUCCACUUACCGUCCUCAGUAUCACAACCAAGCACUGAAAGAUCUUUUUGCACAUUACGUGGAAGCAUGGAAAUCAUGGUACUUGGAAGUUGCUGGGAAGAACCCAAUUCAGCUGAUUUCUUGAUGUGCUCUUUCUAGAUAAGAACAGAAUUUCGAAGAUAAAACUGCCUUCACAUACGAGAGAUGGUCUGACGUCGAAUGCACAUUCUCGUUGCAUCAACUUUCAAUGAAAAAAUAGUUGCAUUAUUCAGUACUCUGUUGGCUUAUUGGCAGAUUAUUGAGUUCAAAUGUAGACCAACACUAAUUGAAUGUACAUUUUUUGGUACUUGUUCAGUUAAUAUGAUUCUUUGAGGAGGGUUCAAAUGCUU